AUGGAAGAACCAGCUCCACCUGAAGCUCUGAAAGAUAGUCAAAUGAUCACCUCUGAACUAAAUCCAAAGCCUUUAACGAUCAAAACCUCUAACCCUGCUUCAGAAAGUUAUGUUGGCAGUAUUUCUGUUCCAAUCUCUCCUUCCAUAUCCAUUACCCCUCACCUCAACUCACCAUCUCCUCCUUCCUCAGCCUUUGUUUCAGCAUUGCAGUCUCCUUAUAUAUCUCCAAGAGCGACAACUCCAACAACAGUAACAACAAAUCCAUCACCAAUCUCUUUCUCCGGCGACGAUAUCCCGAGCACAUCCUACACUCCUACAGAGAGGUAUGACUUCUCCGAGCCGUUAGAGCAAAGGCCUAAGUUUUCUGAUGCUGCUGCUCCGAGGAUCUCCUUCUCCUUUCCUGCUCCUAGAGUCUCCUUUACAAAAGGAGCUAUCUCUCCUUGUGCCAAUGCAAAGCUCAGGAGCUGUGAUGUCUACAUUGGCUUCCAUGGCCAGAGCCUGAACUUAGUUAGAUUCUGCAAAUGGCUCAAAUCAGAGCUUGAACUUCAGGGCAUUGCAUCCUUUGUGGCCGAUCGAGCAAAGUACUCUGACAGUCAGAGCCAUGAGAUUGCUGAUAGAAUCAUUUGUUCCGCAACUUAUGGCAUUGUUGUUGUGACGGCACCAAGCUUUCUCAAUCCUCCGAGUGUAGAGGAAAUCAGGUUCUUUUCACAGAAAAAGAACCUCAUCCCUCUGUUAUUCAAUACCGAGCUUUCAGAGAUCAGUUGUUUGGUUGAUGGCAGAUCAGAGGUUAAGGACUGUAGAGAUGCUUUUGAAGGAUUGACAACGAGCAAUGAAUUCAAGCUUGAAGCUAAUGAUAGCAACUGGAGAAGUUGUGUGAUGAAGGCUGUUGCGAUAUUGCGAUUGAAACUUGCAAGGAAGAGCAUUGCGGAGAAAGAGAUAGAGACUGAGGAAAUAGAGGAGCUGCCAUUUCAGCGAAACCGAUACUUUGUUGGGAGAGAGAAGGAGUUGACGGAGAUUGAAGCUGCAUUCUUUGGAAAUGCUGACCCCGAAAUCGAGUGCCCAAAGCCGGUUAUCACCAAUGGUGGAGGAUCAAGUGAAGGUUUUGCUGAUGAGGAAAGUGAUUCAGUCAGGAGCAAUGGCAGAUACAUCUGCUUGGAGAUGAGGAAACAUAAAGAACCUACAUUGGAAGCUUGGAUUGAGCCUGUUAUGGAACUGAGCUCCAAGGGAAGAAGCCUUCAGCGCCAGCGAUCAAAGCAAAAGAAAUCGCGAAGUGGAGGCAAAGGUUAUGGAAAUGCCAGUGUUGUAUGCAUCAGUGGCAUCUCAGGGAUAGGAAAGACGGAGCUCGCUUUGGAGUUUGCUUACAGAUACUCUCAAAGAUACAAGAUGGUUUUGUGGGUUGGCGGUGAAGCUAGAUAUUUCAGGCAAAACAUACUGAACUUGUCAACCCGUUUGAGUUUGGAUGUCAGUGCUGAGGCUGAGAAAGAGAGGGGAAGAAUCAAAAGCUUCGAUGAGCAGGAAUUUGACACAUUCCAGAGAGUGAGGAGGGAACUGUUCAGGGAUGUGCCAUUUUUGUUAAUAAUUGACAAUCUUGAGACUGAAAGAGAGUGGUGGGAGGGGAAGGACCUACAUGAUUUGAUUCCGAGAAACACUGGAGCAACUCAUGUUAUCAUCACAACCCAACUAUCCAGAGUCUUGAACUCUGAUCCAAUUCAGCUGCCGCCUCUGUCAUUGGCAGAUUCAUUGGUUCUAAUCAGAGGGAGGAGGAAGAAGGACUAUUUAGCUGAGGAGCUUGAGAUGCUUAAAAACUUUGAUGAAAGAUUGGGGAGGUUGAGCUUUGGGUUAUGGCUGAUUGGUUCACUGCUAUCUGAACUACAGAUAUCACCAUCAGCGUUAUUCGAAGCCAUUGAGAGAAUCUCCCUCAAUGAGAUCUCUCACUCUCUCAUUGAUGACGGAUUUCUGCAAAACAAUCCCUUCCUCAUGAAGACACUGGCCUUCAGCUUUGCCAUAAUGGAAAGAGCUAAAGGAAGGCAAAGUCUAGCUUUCGGAAUGAUUCUUUCUGGUGCUUGGCUUGCUCCAGCUCCAGUUUCAUCGGAAUUGCUCGCAGCUGCUGCUGAGAAGAGAAGUGGCUUCUGUCAUUGGGGAAAGUCUCUUCCUUCACCGUUAUGCUGCUGCUUAUCCUCACAAUCCACAAAAAGUGGAGUCGAAUCUGCGCUCAUGCUUGUGAAACUAGGCCUGGCCAGGAGAGCCACAAUGCAGCCUGGUUGCUACAUCCAAUUCCACCCAAUCACCCAACUAUUUGCUAAGAAACGAGGCGGCGCACUGCCUGCUAAGACUGCGGUGCUCGGAGUAAGGAAGUCAGGGAUCACCUCAUCAAACUCCAGCCACCUCUGGGCUUCAGUAUUCCUCUUGUUUGGAUUCAAGUCCGAGCCGCCGCUUGUUCAACUCAAGGUGUUCGACAUGGUCCUCUUUAUAAAGAAGAUAGCCAUUCCAUUGGCAAUUAGAUCCUUCAUGACAUUUUCAAGGUGCAGUUCAGCAUUGGAGCUGUUGAAAGUGAGCACAAAUGUGCUCGAGGAGGUUGAGAAGUCAUUUGAGAUGCAAAUUGAGGACUGGAACCAUGGAUCUAUUUGCUGGAAAAAGAGAUUGCAGAGUAGCCAGAGAGUGGAUGAGUAUGUUUGGCAGGAGGUUACGUUGCUUAAGGCUGCAUUACUUGAGACUAGAGCAAAGCUACUAUUGAGGGGAGGGCAUUUUGAUAGUGGUGAGGAGCUAUGCAGGACUUGUAUUAGUAUCAGGACUGUAAUGCUUGGACAUAAUCAUGCACAAACUUUGGCAGCUCAGGAGACACUGGCAAAGUUGGUCAGAUACAGGAGCAAGAUUUAGAGUUCUUGAUCUCAGCAUUUGCUCUUGAUUUGAUGAAAUUUUCCAAACUUGGAACAUCAAGAUUUAUGCAUUCCUGGAUUUGUUCUGAAAAUUUUGUUGUCUAGUUUAUACUUUAGUUUGCAGGUGUAUAUGUAAUAGAUAUAUC